AUGCGCCCGCUCAGCGGCCUGCUUCUAUUUAUGUGGGGGAUCCAACAUGGCGGCCGCGGCGACCCUGACGAUGGCGGUGGAGCCCAUCAGAACAUAGUAGCGGGGAAGGGGCCACGGUCGGCACUCACGGUGGCGUCGGCGGAGACGGCUGAGGACGGUGGAGGGCAGAAAAGUUACGGAGUGCAAAAGGAAGGGCGGGCAGGCACGCGGCGCGGCGUAGAAGAGAGCGCCGGCUCGAGCAAAAGGCUCUUUCGUACAGAAGACCCAUUUAAUGAUGAGCAUCAGGAGAGGCAAGAAGUGGAAAUGUUGGCUAAGAAGUUUGAAAUGAAAUAUGGUGGGAAACCCCGUAAACACCGGAAGGAUCGGCUACAAGAUUUAAUUGAUAUAGGCUUUGGCUAUGAUGAGACAGAUCCAUUUAUUGAUAACUCAGAGGCUUAUGAUGAAUUAGUUCCUGCUUCUCUAACAACAAAAUAUGGAGGCUUUUAUAUCAACACUGGCACUCUGCAGUUUCGUCAAGCUUCAGACACUGAAGAGGAAGAUAUGACAGACAAUCAGAAGCACAAGCCACCCAAGCUUCCCAAAAUAAAAGAAGAUGAUACUGAGAUGAAGAAGCGGAAACGGAAAGAGGAAGGGGAAAAGGAGAAGAAGCCAAGGAAGAAAGUAUCCAAGCAGCUGGGAGUUGUGGCUCUGAAUUCACACAAGUCCGAAAAAAAGAAGAAACGUUAUAAAGAUUCUUGUGCUCUCGCUGCCAUGAUAAGAAAGUUUCAAAAGGAGAAGGAUGCAUUAAAAAAGGAGUUUAACCCCAGAGUCCCAGGGACUUUGUCGACCUCCUCUCUGACUAAGCCUCCCUCUACUGCCACUGCACUGGGGAAUGAUGUUUCAGAAUUAAAUCUGAAUAGCGCUGAUCCAGAUCUCCCCAUUUUUGUUAGCACAAAUGAGCAUGAACUGUUUCAGGAAGCUGAAAAUGCCCUAGAGAUGCUAGAUAAUUUGGACUUUGACAGAUUACUGGAUGCUGCUUCUAAUGGUAGCCCCCUGUCUGAGUCAGGGGGAGAAAAUGGAAACACCCCUCAGCCAACCUUCACCUCUCAGAUCAUGCCUAAGGUGAUACCUACACUCCCAGAGGGUCUGCCUGUACUUCUGGAAAAACGCAUUGAGGACCUCCGUGUAGCUGCCAAACUUUUUGAUGAAGAAGGAAGGAAAAAAUUCUUUACACAGGAUAUGAAUAAUAUUCUUCUGGACAUCGAAUUACAGCUGCAAGAGCUGGGCCCUGUCAUCCGUAGCGGUGUUUACUCUCAUCUUGAAGCUUUUGUGCCAUGCAAUAAAGAAACACUGGUAAAACGUCUAAAGAAGUUACAUCUCAAUGUCCAGGAUGAUCGGUUAAGAGAACCUCUGCAGAAACUGAAACUGGCUGUUAGCAAUGUCAUGCCUGAACAGCUGUUUAAAUACCAGGAAGACUGCCAGGCGCGUAGUCAAGCUAAGUGUGCCAAGUUACAAACAGAUGAAGAGCGAGAAAAAAAUGGAUCAGAGGAAGAUGAUGAUGAGAAACCAGGGAAACGAGUCAUAGGACCAAGAAAAAAAUUCCACUGGGAUGAUACCAUUAGAUCCUUGUUGUGUAACCUGGUUGAGAUCAAAUUGGGAUGUUAUGAGUUAGAGCCAAAUAAAAGCCAGUCUGCUGAGGAUUAUCUUAAAUCCUUCAUGGAGACAGAGGUGAAGCCCUUGUGGCCUAAGGGCUGGAUGCAGGCAAGAAUGCUUUUUAAGGAAAGCCGAAGUGUACAUAAUCAUCUUACUUCUGCUCCGGCAAAGAAAAAGGUUAUUCCUGCACCCAAACCCAAAGUAAAGGAGGUGACGAUAAAGACCCUUCCUCUCCAUUCUUUUCCCACCAUGUUUAAGGAGUGUAGUCCAAAAAAAGACCAGAAAGCUCCUACAUCAUUGGUGGCUUCAGCCAGUGGUCCUUCCAUGAGCUCCUGCACAUCUGUCAUCGCCUCUGCCAGCUCCAGCUCGACCCCAGCCCAGGAAACCAUCUGCCUUGACGACUCCCUGGAUGAGGACCUUGCUUUCCAUUCCCCUUCACUGGAUCUUGUUUCUGAAGCUUUAGCUGUCAUCAACAAUGGGAACAAGGGCCCAGCUGUUGGCUCAAGGAUAAGUGUGCCAACUACAAAACCUCGGCCAGGACUGAGAGAAGAAAAGUUAGCAAGUAUCAUGAGCAAGCUACCACUGGCUACUCCCAAAAAGCUUGAUUCUACUCAGGCUGCACACUCAUCAAGUCUUAUCGCUGGUCACACAGGGCCAGUACCAAAGAAACCCCAGGAUUUAGCUCAUACUGGUAUCUCUUCAGGCCUUAUUGCUGGUUCUUCUAUUCAGAACCCUAAAGUCUCCUUAGAACCUUUGCCAGCCAGGCUACUUCAGCAAGGUCUCCAGAGAUCAAGCCAGAUUCAUGCUUCUUCCUCCUCACAGACUCAUAUCUCCUCUUCUUCCCAAGCCCAAGUUGCUGCCUCCUCUCAUACUCUGGGAACAUCAGAGGCCCAGGAUGCUUCUUCGUUAACACAAGUAACAAAGGUGCACCAGCAUUCAGCUGUCCAGCAGAACUAUGUGUCUCCAUUACAAGCCACCAUUAGUAAAUCACAGACCAACCCAGUGGUGAAGUUAAGUAACAAUCCCCAGCUUUCCUGUUCAUCUUCACUAAUUAAGACUUCCGAGAAACCACUGAUGUACCGCCUUCCCUUGUCCACCCCUUCACCUGGAAAUGGUUCUCAAGGCUCCCACUCCCUGGUUUCUAGGACAGCACCAAACACCACUACCUCCACUAAUUACUUAGCCAAGGCUAUGGUGUCACAACUAACCACGCAGGGUUUUAAAUCUCCUUUCUCAAUGGCUGCAUCUCCAAAACUGGCCGCGUCUCCCAAACCUGCCACAUCUCCCAAACCCUUGCCCUUGCCUAAGCCUUCUGCCUCACCCAAGCCCUCUCUGUCAGCAAAGCCUUCAGUAUCAACUAAACUUAUCUCUAAGUCCACUCCAGCUCCCAAGCCUACUGUGUCCCCAAGUUCCUCUGGUCCAAAUGCACUAGUAGCCCAGAGUAGCCAUUCCACCAGUAACAACCCAGUCCAUAAACAGCCCAGUGGAAUCAACAUCAGCAGACAGUCUCCCACCUUGAAUUUGUUGCCCUCUAAUCGCACUUCAGGCCUUCCAUCUACAAAAAAUCUUCAGGCUUCUUCAAAGCUAACAAAUUCAUCAUCCACUGGAACUGUUGGGAAGAACAGCUUGAGUGGAACUGCAAUGAACGUACCUGCCAGCCGAGGUAGCAACCUUAACUCAAGCGGAGCUAAUAGGACUAGUCUAUCUGGGGGAACAGGAAGUGGAACACAGGGUGCUACUAAACCGUUGUCUACUCCACAUAGACCAUCCUCUGCCUCAGGGUCUUCAGUGGUAACAGCCAGUGUGCAGUCCACAGCAGGAGCAUCAUUAUUGGCUAAUGCCUCACCUCUGACUCUCAUGACAUCACCCUUGUCUGUAACAAAUCAAAAUGUGACUCCUUUUGGGAUGCUGGGUGGCCUUGUUCCAGUGACCAUGCCCUUCCAGUUUCCCUUGGAGCUACUUGGCUUCGGAACGGACACAGCUGGAGUGACAACCACCUCGGGAUCUACCUCAGCCGCUUUCCACCACAGCCUCACUCAGAAUUUACUAAAGGGUUUACAGCCAGGAGCUCCGCACACAGCAACACUUUCCCACUCACCUCUGCCUACACACUUACAGCAAACAUUUAAUGAUGGAGGCCAAAGUAAAGGGGACACUAAGUUACCACGGAAAUCUCAAUGACUUCCCAGCGAGCAGAGACGAAAUGUUUAGCUGACUGAUGGGAUCUACCUGAUGGGAAAGUCCUUACGUGGUCACAGGGCUGCUGUUUCUGUCGAUGUUUACAUUCUCGUCCCAAGCACUGUGGUGAGGAGGAAAAGGAAAGAAAACAUUACUUGAGCAAUGCCAGGUGCAGGAGGAAGAAAUGCUUUUGUGCAAAGUUAGUUACCUUUGGUCUUUCCUAAAGAAAGAGUUACCAUGUUAACUGACUCAAAAGAGACUCAGCUGUCAAACCCACAGAAGUACAAAUUUGAUUUUUCCCUGGGGAGGAGGAGGAAGUUGAGAGGAUUUGGGUAAAUACCAUCCAUCCUGGGGGUUGGAUCUGAACACUUGUAGACAUAACCACAUAAUAAAAGCAGUAGCUCUUGAAUUAGGCCAGUUUGUCAGGAGUAAAGAUCAUGUCUGACUAAGUGGACAGUAUAGAAGAUUUGCCACAAAUCAAAUGAAUAACCUUAGGUCUGAUAACAGUUAGUAGCCGAAGAAAUACUUAGCCUCAAACAUCCUGAGCAAACUUGAAUCUUUUCCAGUAUGUAGCAACUCCCAUGUAAAUCAGUGGACUAAAGAUGCAUCAGGAAAUGUAUUCAAGCACAGUGAUAUAUAUUACUAAAUCAUCUAGAUUUUUAGAAGUCAUGAAAUUGAGCCUGUUAUGAUAACAGGCAACAUAAUGUCCCCUUUUUGUAAAAGGGUCAAUUUUCAUCUUCCAUUUAGAAGCAGGUACUUAACUCUUUUCUUCAGGUGAUUUAUGCAUCUGAUAUUGACUGGUUAAUUUGUAUUUCUAGUCUUGAUUUUAAAAUGUGACUGUGUUCGCAUUUUUCACUUGAGAAAUAGGAAUCUUUGUUACUGGGCUGCUGUUUCCCUGCUCUUCCCCCUUGGCAGGCCUCUUAACAAGAACUGUGAACUCACCCCAGUUCACCUUACUUUAUAACUUUGCUUUCUGUUCUUUUAGCUACUGAUACUUCAGGUGAUUGUUAGUUAUUAAUAGAAACAGGUAGAAGUGUAUACUACAUAUAUUUUUUCAGUGGUCACCCAAAUAAUAUAUAUAAAAUUUCUGGGUUUUGUUGGUAUUUUUAAGAGGAAGAAUUACAUUAGAAUCAUCGUAUACAGGGGUUGUCUUUUAUAACAAUUACAGUGUAAUUUAUCUUCCUGUAUCCAUGUAGUGAAAUUGUUUGGAGCAUUUGGGAUUUUAAAGCUUACCAAUAUUUACUGAGAGUAUUGAUGUCAAUAACUGUGCAGAUAAUAAGGUCCUUAGUUACUAGAGCUUCCUUAUGCAAAUAAGUUAACAAAGGGAGUUAAGGGAAACAUUUAUAUUUCUGUCUGGAUAUAUUUCGUUUUAUUUUGCCCUAGCAUCAUUCUGGUAUCUUUUGUGUUUUAAACUUGUGAAUAUUUUCACACUACCCAACAGUUGUGUAAGCUCUAAAUGUGUAACUUUUUUCCAUUUAUAAUAACAACAGACUAACCACCAAACAACAGCAUUGGACUAGUAGUAAGAUUUCUUUCAUAGUUUCAUUACAUGUUACCCUAUACCAUUGUUUAUUCAAAUAAGAGUUUUAACCAGACCCUUUUUUUCUCUUAUAAGCAGAAGUCCCAAAUUGCCUUCAGGACUAUAAAUAACCACAGAUCCACAGAUCUAUAUGCCUAUAUUUUGAUACUUUGGCUUGCUUCAUAGCAAGAAAAAAAAAAAGUAACUGAAAACUUCCUUUUUUUUUUUUUGGUACAGGGGAUCAAACUCGGGUCCUUGCACUUGUGAGAGGCGCCGGAAUCCCUGAGCUAAAUCCCCCACCCAAAAACUUCAGUUUUAAAGAACUUGUUACUGCAAGGGAAAAUUAUUAUUUCAAAGGAAUCAUUAAUGGAUACUGGGAUGUUGCAGAGGUCUGACUUGAAUUCAGUAUGUUUGAUUAAGAUUUAUUUUCUUUUCCAUAGGGAAGCAUCCUUAAAUCUUGAUUUAUUCCAGGGUAGCAGACCUCUUGCGUUUGCCUUUGCUAACCCUACCUGGGCUGGUGGUAGGAGUUUUCCUUUGGGGAGGUAGCCUUUGUUUUACUACUUCUGCCAGGAGCAAGGUCAGAGUACAUAUUAAUCCCUUCCUGCUGACUGGUGUUACAUGUAUUUGUCUGUGUUUGUGUGUUUACACACAUACAUAUUCAUAUAAAUUAAUUGCUACCAUAAGUCAAAGACAUAUUAUAAUUUCUUAAACCCAUCAAUUCUGAAUCAUGCUAAAUGAAGUUCCCUGAUACUCUGACUCUUUUGUCAUCACUAGGAAAAACAGAUUUAUUAUUUCUGUUCCCCGUGUCAUCUUUUACUAACCAGUCACUAUACUUGAAAGCCUUUGGCUCUGCUAAUAUAACAUGGAGACUCUCUCUUCUCCAGGACUGCAGUCAGACCCCCACCUCAGCACCCACCUGCCCCUUCACAGAUCAAUUUACAUCUGUCUCAGUCAGGAGCCUCCUUUUGUGUUGUACAAACAGGAAAUGGGUCAAAAUCCUUGUCUUUCUCCAUAGAUAAAGUAUAAUCAGAGUUUCUACAUGUAAAUACUUAUUUCUUUUCUAGAUCAUAACAUUAAAAAUGGUGUCCAUACUUUAUGGUCAUCUGUCUUUACAGUUUUAUUACUAAAAACAAACAUAUAAAUUGGUUAUUUUUUAACACAGAGACUUGACUCAUACUGUAUUUUUGCACUUAAAUUAUGUUAUUUUUUAAAACUAUAAUUGGAAAGGAUAUCUAUAGAGCAAUGUGUAUUUCAAAGAGCAUUAGCAACAUCCACAUGCAAAAGUAAUCAGCACACUUAAUUACAUCCCAUUCAGAGGGAUUCUUGAUUCAGGAAGAUUAAGUUAUUUGUUUCCAACUGUCUUAUUUUGAAAUUGCCUUCACUGAUAUAUAUAUAAGCUGUUACUGUACAUACAAGUUAAUCCUCAGUAUUCACAAGCAAUAAUGGUCAGCAGAACCGUCCUCAGAGAUAGCUGUGCUGGACCUCAGUUGGAGACUGUUUGGGAGUAAAGUGUCAAGCUCAUUCAGAGCCUCCAAAUUAAAUGCAAGCAAUAAUUUCCAUUGUAAGUGAAUUAUAAUUCUUUCUCAUACGCUUCUGAGAUUAGAGGGUAGGAAAUCAUGAUUUUAAAACAGCCUGAAGAAAAGGUUUUGGGAAAAGAAAUGAGAUUAAUCUAUAGUCACAAAACCCCGAAACAGUACUUUGAGGAAAUCAAGAGGAUUGUGUAGUACAUUCUUUCAUGCCCACCACCCCUUUGAUGGAUGAUGUUAGCCCAAAUUCCUUUGUUUCGUGUCAUAGGAUUUAUGGGAUCACCAAGGUAAAGGGAAGGUACAUGUUUGAAUACUGUGGGUUUGACACCUGUUUGAAAACAACUUACUGGAACUGAUUCUUAACCCAGGAUAUUCUUUUUUCCCAAAGCAGAUCUAAAUUGUUUACUACCCAGGAAUGGAAAGGGCAGGCAGCUCUAGUCUUUCUCCUCUGGUUGCCCUCUCCCAUACCCUUUUCCACCUUGACUUGGAUUCAAGACAUUUUCUGAAAUGAAAGUUCUACUGUUAUUUAAACUGCCAUUGAUUGUGAGAACUCUUUGGGAUCAUCUCUAGAACUCCAGUUAUCUAUCAUAUUUGCUGCUACAUUUGAAAAAAUGAACUUUGCUCAUAUUGGUUGACUUUAAUUUACAUUUUUUUCUAGGAGUUUUGUUAUAUAAUUUGACCCAUGUAAAGAAUUAGAGAACUUUUAUUUUAGGAGUGUACCAUAAAAGCACACUGGUCCCUGUAUUGUUAUCAUUUAUGUUUUGAAUUUGUUUGCUUUGUUCUUUGGUUUUUGUUUUGUUUUUCAAGUUGGAAAUAGAAGAAUGAAAGAAUUCUAUAAUCAGGCCAAACUUGAGAACUUUCCCUAUAUAUCGGCACUAAUUUCUGCUGACCAGUGUUCUCAAAGGGGCACUUUGACUUUCUAUUCUGCAUGUAUAAUUUUGUUUUGAGGGGGGCUUUUGAUUUUGUAAAAAUUAAGCAGAAGUGCAGUAGUAGAUAAAUAACUGAUCACAAACAUGUUAUGCAAUUUUACUUUAUAAAGUUUUAAGGGAAAAGUUUAAUUCUUUGUAAAUAAUUUCUUAGCCCUGGUAAAUGCUUAUAUUACUCUAAAACAUGCUCAAUUCAGGCCUUUGUCUUUGUUAAGUGCCUUUUUUUCUUUCUUUUGCCCUUCUUUUGAAACUGUACUCAGAUACCCUAAGUACCUUUGGUAGGUCAGGGGUUUCAAAAGGAAAAAUCUCAGACUUGCCAGCAUAACACCAUGCUGUAAUACGCUUCCUUUCCUUUGUGUGUAUAUGGGUAUAGUGUAAGGUACUUACAUACAUACAUAUAAGACUAGUAGCUGCUGUACCAUUGCAUCCUUUCUGAGCACUGCCCUUUUGAUGUUUGGGAAACAUCUGCCUUGUUUAUUCCAUUGCUUUUAGUUGAUUAAAAUAGGAAAAUUGAGAGAUUAUCUUAUCACAAGAUACUCUCUUCCCCCUUUGAAUAAUAUCUAUUUGUAGAAGUUAACCAAUGUGUGUGUGUCAGUUAUUACAAGUAAAUAAAUUUAAUGGAUUCAUUGAUUGUUCCUGGAUGUAACCUACUGCUCUGUACCCUUCAAACUUGGCAUAAGUAGUCUAAGACAAAGCAUUGGAAUAACAAGAGUAGCUUGCAGGUUUAGUUGAUAGAGCAAGAUGCACUUUGGCAGGGAAGACUAAACACGUGGAGGGCUAGAGUUGCAACCAUGGCAUGGUAGCAAAAUAUAUCUUGGAGGAAGUUAGCAACCGUGUCAACACUUAAAAAAUAUCUGCCGCAUAUAGUGGUGUAUGCCUAUAGUCACAGCACUUGGGAGGCUG